CUCCCUAUCCACGAUCUCUGCGAUCGACCGGAUAGACCCGAUGACUUUCGUCCUAUAAAAGCUCUUGACUUGUUUUCUUUGCACUCCUAUCUCUUCUCCUUUCUGGCCUUCUUAGUUUCUUUCUAUUUCGAUUCUGAAGCGGCGGCGAGGCUGUGCCGCGAGCCAUCAUCAUGGGAGCUUGGAAUAUCUUUCGCCUCUUGGGCGACAUCGUCCACAUGCUCUCCAAGGGCAUCCUCAUCUUCUCCAUCCACAGAAACCGCAGCGCCGAGGGCGUGUCCCUCAUCACACAAGGCCUCUACGCCGUCGUCUUCUGCUCGCGAUACCUCGAUCUAUUUAGAGAGCAGUCGGCAUGGAACGCGAUAUUCAAAGUCACAUACAUUGUCACGUCCUUCUACAUCCUCGGUGUCAUGCAGUGGGUGUUCCCCCGCUCACGAGAGCGUGAGAUCUCCUGGAAGCUUGGCGCCAUUAUCCUGGUUGGCUCUCUUGCUCUUUCUCCCUUUGCGAUGUUGAUUUUCGAACCGAAAUACCGUUGGGGAUUUAUGACUUGGAUGUGGUCCUUCUCUGAAAUCCUUGAAUCUGUGUGCGUUCUACCCCAGUUGUUGCUGUUGAGACAGACCACCGUUCCCACUGUGAUCGACUCGUUCUAUCUCUUAGCACUGGGCUCCUACCGUGCGUUUUACUGCAUAAACUGGUUCAUCCGGGAACUCGACGUCAACGACCGAAAACCCGAUGCCAUUUCCGUCAUCUUCGGUAUCAUCCAGACUGCCCUCUAUGUAGAUUUUGCUUGGGUUUACUACACACGACAGCGAGUUAAGCUUCGCGGCGGUGGUGUUGUUGAUGCCGAUGAUCUGAACCGUGGAUGGUUCUUGCGCCGCAUCUUCGGCAAGAACGUUCACGCCGCCACCGAGGACGAAGAGAGUAACUUGAAUGGCAACGGCGGUGGUCGCGCGAGGUGGGGCUCCCGCGGCAUCUCUGUCAGCGCAGACGAUGGUGUCUUGGACAGUGAGCGACACGAUGACGAUCACCACGAGGGACUCGACGGAGCGGUAGACCCCGAUGCCAAGAUGCACGACCCCGAUGAACUGGCCAAGGCCAUGGACGACGACGAUGAUGAGGAGGAUACACCACUGCGUGCCGGGCAGAGCUCCUCUCGCUCGAACAAUACGCCGCCAGGCAUUCGGAGCGGAGACGAAUGGGACGAUUGAAGCAGGGUUGGUUUCCUGGAUAUCGCAUCUCUUGUUGAGAUACACAAGUUCGUCCUUAGCUUCAACUCCCUGAGGACAGGUAGUAGCGGUCAUUCGACCAUUCUCCUUUGAUUUACACUGGGCAUGUUUGGGAUAUUUCUAGUUUGGUCUGUGGUUUUGUAUCUACGGGAUUCAAGGAGCUGUGGUGGGGAGUUGGAUGACGAGAGGUUGAUUUAGUCCUUGAUUUCAAUAGCUGGGUCAUGUAUGGCUAGUGGCAUGAAUGUAUUACAAUGGAAUUUGUCCUUCCCCUUG